AUGCUUAUAUUUAAUUAUUCAGAUAAAUGUAUUCCAGAAAACGGAACAUGCAGUCAGGAUAAAAUUAAUUGUUGUGAAGGAACUGCCUGUAUAGUUCCCUAUUUUACUUGUAUGAAAUGCUUGUAUAAUGGUGAUUAUUGUGAUGGAGAUAAUAGCGUUAAAAGUUGCUGUUCUGGAGAUUGUAAACCAAAGGGAAACACAACACGUUCGACUUGUCAAAAAUGAAAGAAGAUUAUUUUGAUUAUUAAAAAUUGGGUUUUCG